UCACGCGCACGCCUUCGCCCCGCCCCUCGCACGCCCCGCCUCCGAGGCCUGGCAGAUUCCUGCUUUGCCCUUCUGGCCGGCUCGGUCAGACUCCAGAGGCUGCAGGUUGAUGAGACUAGCUCGACUCAUGAAGGUGUUCGUCACCGGCAGGAUCCCCCCCGAAGGCAGGGCCGAGCUCGCCCAGGCUGCAGACUGUGAAGUGGAGCUGUGGGAUUCCGAUGAGCCCAUCUCCAGAAAGGAGCUGGAGCACCGUGUGGCAGGAGCCCAUGGUCUGCUCUGCUUCCUCUCUGACCGUGUGGAUAAGAAGGUCCUGGAUGCUGCAGGACCUAAUCUCAGAGUUAUCAGCACGAUGUCCGUGGGAGUUGACCACUUAGCUUUGGAUGAAAUCAAGAAGCGUGGGAUCCGUGUGGGCUACACCCCAGAUGUCCUGACAGAUGCCACCGCGGAGCUGGCUGUCUCCUUGCUUCUUACCACCUGCCGCAGGUUGCCAGAGGCCAUAGAGGAAGUGAAGAAUGGUGGCUGGACCUCCUGGAAGCCCUUGUGGAUGUGUGGCUAUGGACUCACGCAGAGCACUGUUGGCAUUGUGGGGCUGGGGCGCAUAGGCCAGGCCAUUGCUCGGCGUCUGAAACCAUUUGGUGUCCAGAGGUUUCUGUAUGCAGGGCGUCAGCCCAAGCCUCAGGAAGCAGCAGAAUUCCAGGCAGAGUUUGUGUCUGCCCUCCAGCUGGCCGCAGAGUCUGACUUCAUUGUGGUGGCCUGCUCCCUAACGCCUGAAACCAAGGGACUCUGCAAUGGGGACUUCUUCCGGAAGAUGAAGAAAACAGCUGUGUUUGUCAAUAUCAGCAGGGGAGAUGUUGUAAACCAGGAUGACCUGUAUCAGGCGUUGGCCAGCGGUCAGAUUGCAGCAGCUGGGCUGGAUGUGACGACCCCAGAACCGCUGCCUACAGAUCACCCCCUGCUGACCCUGAAGAACUGUGUGAUUCUGCCCCACAUUGGCAGUGCCACUUACAAGACGCGCAACGCUAUGUCCUUGUUGGCAAGUAACAACUUGCUGGCUGGCCUGCGAGGACAGCCGAUGCCCAGUGAACUCAAGCUGUAGCCAGCCCACCCCACAGGCCAGAGCCAGGGCCCUGGUCUCCUGCUGACACGCCAGAGGUAGGAGCCGAGGGAAAGCCUGAUCUGCCCUGAUGGUGCAAGUGAAGACGGGUACUGGUCGAUGUGCUUUGCAGCACCUGUGGCUGGACACAUCUGAGCCAAAAGCCUGUAAUUCUGCAUUAAAUAAUUUUCUAAGACUG